CAUUAACACAUUGCAUGGCGAUGAGAGGAGAAAGAAAAGGAAGAGGGCAGCUGCUGGAUUUUUUGUGUCGGUUGUCGCGAUAGUUCAACACACGUAUUGUCAGAGGAAGAUUAGAGAGCUUGAUGAUUUCAGUGAGGAUGAGGCGGAGAUUAGGAUUAGAAAGCAGAUGCUUAGAUCAAUUUAUCAGGGUUCUAACAAGCACUGUUUUGAUAGUUUGCGCCUAACUAAACGGUCCUUUGUGGACCUGUGCGCUAUCUUGCGUGAAAGAUGUGGUUUGGGGGACACAUUUUAUGUGUCGGUUGAAGAAUCAGUCACAAUGUUUCUGCUAGUGCUAAGCCAUGGGAUGAAAUACCGGUUAAUUGAAAGCACGUACAGAUGGGCACUCGAGACCAUCAGUAGGCAUUUCAAUGAGAUCUUAAGAGCUGUCCUUUCCUUGUCUCAUGAGUUUAUAAAGCUACCAACCCCUUCAGCUGAGCAGCCCGAGGAUAGUAGAUGGAAAUGGUUUCCAGAUGGGCUAGGAGCUUUAGAUGGCACACAUGUUGAUGUCCGUGUUUCCGCUCUCAAGCAAGGCAGAUACAGGAAUAGAAAGCAAGAUGUGACCACUAAUGUGCUUGGUGUUUGUGACCGGAAUAUGAAGUUUUUGUAUGUCUUAGCUGGAUGGGAAGGUUCUGCAUCUGAUUCACGAGUGUUGCGAGAUGCAAUGUCACGACAAGACGCUUUUAGAGUUCCACAUGGAAAAUACUACCUUGUAGAUGCUGGGUACACUAAUGGUCCGGGCUUCUUUGCUCCAUACCGGUCAGUCCGGUACCAUUUGAAAGAAUGGGCGGCUAAUGGAAAUAACCCACAAACUCCAAGAGAGUUAUAUAAUCUGCGACAUGCAUCAGCUAGGAAUGUGAUAGAGAGAACUUUUGGUCUACUAAAGAUGAGAUGGGCUAUUUUGAGGACUAGUUCAUUUUUUCGCAUACGGAAUCAGAUCCGUGUCAUUAAUGCUUGCUGCAUAUUGCAUAACUUUCUAAGAGAUAGGCAGAGAGAGAUGGAUGAUAUAAUGCUAAUUGACGUGGAUAAUCAGUUAAAUGCUGCUGCCAUCGAACAUCCUGAAGAACCAAACAUGAUUAGACAUGUUGAAUCAACAACUGAGUGGAACAACAAGCGAGAUACCUUAGCUAAUCAAAUGUGGGCAGAUUACCAAAGGAGACGCGGGGGAGCCAAUCAUUGAAUUCAUUCAUUUGAAGAUAUGGAUGUGGAGAAGAAAGGAGGUAGAAACUACCUUACCUGGACGGAUGAAAUGGAUGAAGCAAUGCUGAAUGUGUUCGUGGAGCAUUACAAUAGAGGGGAUCGUGCUCAAAAUGGGUGGAAGCCACAUGUUUACACUGCAGUUGUCAAGAAUGUUCGAGCCAAGUGCAAUGUGGAUAUCACAAAGGAGAAUGUCAUAUCAAGGUGCAAGACUAUUGAUAGACACUAUGUCAAUGUCAGCAAGAUGUUGUCAACGAGUGGUUUUGGGUGGGAUUGGAUCCAUAACAAGCUUAUGGUUGAUAGUGAGGACGUGUGGAGCAACUAUGUCAAGGCAAACAAAGAUGCCGCAUGCUACAGGCACAAGGUCAUAAAGUUUUGGGACUCUAUCAGCCUUGUCUUCUCGAAGGAUCAUGCCACCGGAACCGGAGCCAGAACUGCUGGUGAAAGUGCAGCGGAAAUGGCUGCAGAGAAUGUCAACAACAUCAACACUGAUUCUACCGCAACAUCUUCAACCCAAACUGGCGAGGAACAGAAGAGGAAGAGAUAUCGAUCGGAUGACUCAAUUGCAUCUAUGCUUGGAGAGAAACUGGAUAAUUUUACCAGUGCCUACAAAGCUGAUAUCGCUCAAGUUGCUCCUCCUGAGAAACCCUCCUCUCCUGAAGAAAUACUUGACGCUCUCAAUGCAAUUGUGGGACUGGAUGAUGAUGGCUUGCUAGCAGCUUAUGAUAUCCUCAUAGCAGAUGACCGCAAGUUCAAGGCUCUUAUGGCGCUGCCUGAAAGGAUGAAGAAGAAAUGGAUCCUCAAGCAAAUCAACCAAUGAAGGAAAUAUUGGGUGAAGUGUGAUGUUGAACGAACAGAACGAAGAAAUGAAGAUCCUUGAGCAAUGGAAAUCUUUCUUGGAUGGUGCUAAUAAUGCAAAGAUUCAGUUUUUA